AUGUCUCGAACCCCGCUACCACAAUGGAUGUAUCCCGCAUCCAGUGGUCAACCGUCGGAUGCAAGAUCCUACGCCGCUGGUGAUGAUCACCAGAUGUUGACGAUGCCAAAUCGAUUCCACACUCUGGAAGAUCCCCCACGCUUCCUCUAUCCUGACAAUCAGGGCUACGCUCCGACUUAUAUGUAUCCCGGAUCAAACUCCAGGGCUUCCUAUCACGGCAGAACUUGGGACAGCCUCGCAGACCCCAAAUUUAACCCUUCGCCAAUACCGGUUGCCAAUCAUAGUGUCUUUCCUCAGUAUGGGGCCCAAAGGUCAAAUGCCAUGAGAGGCACGGAGUAUGCCUCCGCUUCAACCUCUGUCUCUAGCCCUUAUCAGGAUUCCCCCAGUUACAGUCGCGGUUCUAUUGGUUCUAUUUCCGGGACGCGGACAAAUGAUGUGGAGUCUCAGCAUAAACCCCUUUCUUUCUUUAAAAGAGGCCCUAGUCUUAUCUGCCUGGAGUUAUGA